AUGUCUGCAGAUCUCGAAUUGUUCCAGGAUUUGACCAAAAUAAAACUACCCCAACUCAAGAUUCAAUCUUCCAAUGGGAUUGGUGCCGUAAUUCAACAAGAAAGCAACAAUCAAGACAGCGGCAAUGAGUGUACGACGCCAACCUCGGAAGAAAGCAAGAUCCCAGCUGUUCUGAAAUGUCCACCAGCACCAAAGAAACCUAAGAGGAGAACUGUUUCAUGCAAAAGAAAGCUGUCUGAUCAGCUUCAGUUCUUCGAGAUCGUUAACAGGGAAGAAGUUGAGGCGUAUCUCAAAGCUGGUUUUGGUAGCUCAAAGAGAAGGUGCCCAUGUAAGGAAGACAAAAGCAGUGGUAUUGAAUUGAUGAAGCCUGGGGUCCAUGUUGGAGUAAGAGAUACACAAUCUGUGUAA